AUGCCUCCCUCCAGCUCAUGCGUGCCGAAGCGGAGCGUUCCAGCCCUGGUACAAGAAUGGGUGGCCCUGCGUCAGACGGGAGCGGUACGAGAUUUCAACCAGCGUUACCGUCAAGCCUUGGAGCCCUUGGAGCUCGAGGUCGACAACCCAGCUUGUCUCUGCGUUUGGGAGGCAGGCCUCAAGCCUGAGCUCCGGGAGCGCCUACUCGCGGAGAUGCGCAUCCAAGGUCACCACCACAUCACGGUCUUCGACGACACGUGUGCCCUGGCAGAGGAAAUCGAGCGAUCGAUGGCCUACAUCUCCGCCGCCCCUCUCCGCCACCCGCCGCCUCUCCAGCCCCACCUCCAUCUCAGCGCCGCCUACGAGGCCCCCACCGCCCAACAUUCUCUUCCGCCCUCUGCCGAGGUCCCCCUGGCUCAGGCAUUGCGUCUCGCCUGGUCCAAUCAAGGUACCAGGGCGGCACCCUCCACUCGCCGCCCCGAGGCAAUCCCUGCUCCCGAGUGGGGCGCUCGACACAAGCGAGAGUGGGGCGACGCUCCUCGUCCUCGCCACCUGUCUGAUCUGGGGCGCUUCGUCCGAGAAGCGUGGGAGUUGUGUCCCUACUGCAGGGAUCCCGACCACCAGCAGAACUCUUGUGAAAAGCUGAAGAACAAGAAGUGUGCGCACCCCGGGACGUCCUCUCUUUCUCCAGACUAG